CAAAGGCAAUGCAUAAAAAGGCAAAGAGGGACUGCCAGUUUGCACCAAGUCCAACCAUUACAAGGACAGAAAAAUAGUGCCGCUCUCCACUUCUCCUGUUGGGGGAAAGCUGAGUGGGCACUUCCCAAGUAUCUGCUACAAGUAAAAGCAACACUGAAGAAAGCUGAAAGGAAUGAAACUGCUAUCUGUCUGCCUCUUGUGCUUGCUGCUGGACUGCCUGGUGUUAUCUGACACUCAAGGCCGAAUCCUUGAGCAAUCCAUGGAAAUCAGAAAUCCUGAUAUUGACCCUUCCUGGUACACAGGACGAGGGAUCCGACCUGUGGGGCGCUUUGGCCGGAGAAGAGCAACAGCAGAGAGCGCCCACCCAUCUAGCUACGGGCAUCGGCAAGCUUGCUUCCCUAUAGAAGAAAGCAAUGCAUCUGUGGAAGAUGAAUGAUUAUGUGUUACAGUCAUGGC